CUCGGCAACAGGACAGAAGCUGGCCGUCUCGUCUCGCCUUGUCACCCCCGCGGCGGCGCGUGACGAGUAGGGAGUGCUUUGCUCUCUCGGCGGAGCCAUGGGGCGGUCGCCGUGCUGCGAGAAGGCGCACACGAACAAGGGCGCGUGGACCAAGGAGGAGGACGAGCGGCUGGUGGCGUACAUCCGGGCGCACGGCGAGGGGUGCUGGCGCUCGCUGCCCAAGGCCGCGGGGCUGCUGCGCUGCGGCAAGAGUUGCAGGCUCCGCUGGAUGAACUACCUCCGCCCGGACCUCAAGCGCGGAAACUUCACCGACGAAGAGGACGAGAUCAUCAUCCGCCUGCACGCCAUCCUCGGCAACAAGUGGUCUCUGAUCGCCGGGCAGCUGCCGGGCCGGACGGACAACGAGAUCAAGAACUACUGGAACACGCACAUCAAGCGCAAGCUCCUCGCCCGCGGCAUCGACCCGCAGACGCACCGCCCGCUCGGCAGCGCCGAGGCCGGGGCUCCCGGCGUCGUGGCGCACAGGGCGGCGGCGCUGCUGCACGCCACGACCGCCCCGGCUCUGGCAGCAGCGGCCGCCAGGACGCUCGCCGCGAAGCCGACGCCGGCGGCGUCGUCGUCGGACGACGGCGCGCGCAGCACCAGCACCAGCACCAGCAGCGGCGGCGGCGCGAGCACGGGCGAGCCGCGGUGCCCCGACCUGAACCUGGACCUGUCCGUGGGCCCGCCGCCGGCGGCCGACACGCCCCCCUCGCAGCCGGUGUGCCUGUGCUACCGCCUGGGGCUCCGCGCCGGGGAGGCGUGCGGCUGCCAGGCUGACAAGCCGGGCGCCGGGGGGUUCAGAUAUUUCAGGCCGUUGGAGCAAGGCCAGUACAUAUGAAUGAUGAAUCGCCGAGAGUGCCGCUGUGUUUAGAUAGCUUCACGGAAUCACGGCAAUUUGUAAGACAGGCAGUUUUCUGAAGUAACGGACAGCACUGUUCAAGAAAGAGAAAGGAAAAGAACUCUGAUCUUCUCGUACCAUGUUUCUCUCUGUUCAAAAUUCACAAUCUCUCCCUCUC